AUGGGUACUCAUUUUCUGUUCAAGGCGGCAAUCCGAACACCUAUUAUUGCUCUAGAAAAAGCAAAGGACAUAACCACCCCCCACCGUAUGGAUUACGCUGUGUUACCUUUAGGAGGGAAAAAGUCGGUCGUUCUAUUUCAAAACUACUCUUAUUCAUUUCACAUGAAAGGUGCUAGAAAACUUCAAUGUUCUAGAAAAGUGAGCAUGCAAUGUGGAGCGUAUCUGAAAAUGGACAAAGAUAAAAGGAUAAUUUACGCAGACACAUACCACACCCACCCGCCGACGUUGUAUCAAAGACCAUUCGAGUUUCUAGAAUCCUCGCGAGGUGGUCUUGUACUUCUCAUGCAAGGACAUACAUUCGUUAAAAUGAACAAAUCUGCACACAAUUGGUACUGUUCUAGAAGAAUAUCUAGGAAAUGUCGUGCUAAAGUCCGUGUGAAUGAAGAAGAGCUGUUCUAUGAAUAUAUACGUGUCGUUAAAAUGAAGAAACCAUUGCUACUUCUACGAAAGUACACGUUCGCCCAAACUACAAGUGACUGCAGAUAUUGGAACUGCAGUAAAAAGUUUGGUCAAGAAAGAUGUCCAGCUCGUUUAAGAUUCGACAAUAAUGGGACCCUAGUUUAUUAUAAUUUGGAACAUAAUCAUUCACCACCAACAUUCUUUAAGCAGCGUGAUGGGCAGUAUGUGAGGUUAAAG